UUGUCUCAUUCAUUGUCUACAGUCUUUAGAAGUAACUCGCGCGUUACGCAUCGAAAAUUAAAAGUCAAGUUUUGUUCAAUUGAAGCAAAAGUGGAUAAUCGCGAAUCGGUCUACGACGUGCCUAAAAAAAUCACAAUGUCCGCCGAAGUUGAAAAUAACAAAGAAGAAGAAACGAAAGAACAGCAAAAUUUUAAACAAAAAGUCCAAAAACAUUGGCAAAUUGGGAUCAAAAUACUGGAAUUGCUCCUUUGCAUAAUCUGCAUCGGCACCGUUUUCGACGCCAUCAAAACCAUGGGCAUCGGCAACAGCGACCUCCACCAUAUAGGCAUCAUGUACACAGCCUACACCGGUUUCAUCCUCAUAACCCUAACAUUCCUCAGCAGCUAUUACCUCGAAGCCACAAUUCCUUACAAAACCUCAGCUCUUUUCUCGGUAUGUGGUGCAGGCCUUUUCCUCACCACUGGUGUUUUGCUGAUAGUUGACAGAUCGGCAUAUAUGAGACGUUAUGGCUCACCCAUCAGCUCCCAAUUAUCAAUGAUUGUAGUCUCUGUGAUUUUCGCUUUUGUCAACGCUGCAGUGUUUGCAGUCGAUGCUGUUCUCACAGUACGCCGCCAGGAAGAUUUCUAAUUAGUUAAUCUGCGUGGUGUGUUUGGGGUUUAUAUUCGAACCGGCUAAUGAGAUUCAUCUGGGAGGAAAUUAUAUGCACCAUACUGGAGUUAUGUACACCGCCUAUACUGGAUAUAUCUUGAUAAAUGUUGUACUGUUGGCCGGAAG